AUGCCCGCCGCCGCCUUGCGCAUCCGAGGCAGCACCCUCGCUGCGAGGGCUACAUAUCAUGCCCUUGGCCCGGAGACGUCUCGACUUCGACUGCAGCGUUUCGCCAGCUCAUUCACCGCCACAGAUCUGCAACCGCGCAAGCCCUCUCUAUUCCGCCGCUCCGUCUCCGUCCUAGCUCUCGGCUUCGUGUUCACCUCCCUCGGCUUCACAAUGGCGGCUUCCCCCGCAAUGCCGACGAUCAACGCGAUCAUGAACCCGCCAUCCGACGAGCAGACGCUCGCCAUGUUCCAGCCGGAGCACGACGAAGAACGCGCCGUCGAGGACUUCAUCAACAACCACCCCCUGACGAAAGAGAUGCGCAGCAAAGCGGGGUUCUCGGAAGCGAGACCGCACCUGAAGAUCCCGGAGGCAUACCGCGCCCACAACCUCACGGGCGGGACGUUGCUGGGUCCGGGUCGGAUCGUGGUGCCGCCGGUCUCGUUCGCGGAGGAGGGGGGGAAGUCUAUGGUCGCGAUAUCGUACCUGGGCGGCGAGCUGUGUGGUCACCCCGGCAUUGUCCAUGGCGGGCUGCUGGCCACUAUGCUUGACGAGGGCCUGGCACGGUGCUGUUUUGCCGCGUUGCCGCAUAAGAUGGGCAUGACGGCCAAUCUCAACAUCAACUACCGCGCCCCGGCCAAGGCGAAUACGUAUGUGGUUCUUCGGGCGACGACCACCAAGGUGGAAGGGCGCAAGGCGUGGGUUGAGGGUCGCAUUGAGACUUUGGUUGGCGAGGGCGAGACCCCUGUGGUGUUGGCUGAGGCGACGGCGUUGUUCGUCUCGCCGAAACAUGCUGCCGUGAUGACAAACAUAUUUCCUACGACAUGA